CUUCAUCAAGAUCAUCAUCACUAUGCGGUCAACUCUCAUAAAUCUUAAUGCUGACGUUUCACAGAUGAAACAAACCAAGAUUAUAGUGUUUAAAACUCUGGCUCAGUUUGUUGUUCUUGGUUGCUCCUGGAUUCUGGGUUUCUUCACAAAAGACAGUAAGGUGCUGGAGAUCCUCUUCCUGAUCUUGAAUUCCCAGCAGGGAACCUUCAUCUUCCUCAUCUAUUGUGUCCUCAACAAUGAGGUCAGGCAGCAGUAUAGGAAGUUCUUCAGAAGUCUUUGCUGUGUCAAACAACACUGAACACUACAACAUCAAUGAUGGCGAUUUAAAGGAAAAUGAUAAAUGUAAAUGAUGGCAAAUUAAAAAGAAAAGAAAACUCCAGAAAACUAUUUCAUGUUUGCAUGGUAAUAAGAAAUAAAUUAAUUGUAUGGAAUCAUCUAGUAGUCCAAUAUUAACACAUUCAUAACUUUACAAUUCCA